CUCGCCCAAGUAAAGCGGCGUAGCUCUCCGCCUCGUCCGUCCGCCUGCGCAGCCUUUGUACGUAGUUUACGCAGCGGGGUUCGGAGUGACAAAGGGAGCGAGCGGAGACAGGCGGAGAAGGAACAGAAAAAGGAAUUUUAGAAUCCGUGCAGCGGCGUUAGCCAGGCUCGUUAGCUAUUCUCCACGGAAAGGGGGCUGGAGGUGGGCUUUCCGAGCCGCUGUCUGCUGCUGUGGGGCUCCUUUUGACUUCCGUAUUUAGACGAGUCGAAUUGCGCGGCGUGAGCUGUUGGAAUAAUUUGAUUUUAAAUCUGGAAAUUAGCGAGAAAGAAACUGAAUUGUGAAUCCCUGGUUUCGCUGAGGCAGGGGAGUGACUGAGGGAGCCGCCAUGGCCGGUGCUGUCGGAUCGCCGAGUCUCCGUCUCAGUAUAUGAAGAAUUACGCCGGUAUUGUGCCGUAUAUCUCGAGCUCAGUUAGUUAGCUAGCUGCACCACGCCACGGUACUAUUGCAAAUGCCUUUUCUUUUGCCGCGGCAUUAGAAAUCGCACAUUUCGUUUGGUAUUAAUUCCGUGCAAACUAGUCACUGACGGCGGUGACUGAGAGGGCCGGCGUUGUUGUAUGAGACGCUCAGCUGGCGGCUGUGUGAUCGCUCCUCCGGCGAAGGCCCUUCUUCGACCCCCCUCCCCUCCUCCUCCUUCUCCUCCUCCUCCUCUCCUGCCGGUCCGUCCGUGUGUCGUUAAUCCGGCCGGGCCGUGCGAUGAUCUGAGGACGGUCACGGUGCGCAGCCCCGCUGAUCGACUGGCAUCGGGGACGAGCCCGCGGACGGACCUUCGCCUCCUCCUCGGCCUCCUCCUCCUCCUCCUCCUCCGGGGUUCUUAAUUUUAAUUUAAUUCGAAUUGAAUGCAUCGGCGCUGAGGUUGAGCGCUUCUCCUCGUCAGACUGCCGACAGUCCACACACACAGCCUGGGAGACCGAGACAGCGUUCGGACGGAUCCGCGGCGCGGAGAAGAUCAUCAUCAUGUCGGGCCGGCCCAGGACCACCUCCUUUGCGGAGAGCUGCAAACCCGCCCCGCAGCCCGCAGCCUUCGGCAGCAUGAAAGUCAGCAGAGACAAGGACGGCAGUAAGGUGACCACCGUCGUGGCGACGCCGGGUCAGGGGCCUGACCGGCCGCAAGAGGUCAGCUACACGGACACCAAGGUGAUCGGCAAUGGGUCAUUCGGCGUGGUCUACCAGGCCAAGCUUUGCGACUCGGGCGAGCUGGUGGCCAUCAAGAAGGUGCUGCAGGACAAGAGGUUCAAGAACCGUGAACUCCAGAUCAUGAGGAAACUGGACCACUGCAACAUUGUGCGCUUGCGGUAUUUCUUCUACUCCAGUGGAGACAAGAAGGAUGAGGUCUAUCUCAAUCUGGUGCUGGACUAUGUUCCCGAGACGGUGUACCGAGUGGCCAGACACUACAGCCGAGCCAAGCAGACUCUCCCCAUAGUCUACGUGAAGUUGUACAUGUACCAGCUAUUCAGGAGUCUAGCGUACAUCCAUUCCUUUGGGAUCUGCCAUCGGGACAUUAAGCCCCAGAACCUGCUGUUGGACCCUGAAACAGCUGUGCUCAAGCUGUGUGACUUCGGGAGUGCUAAACAACUGGUUCGAGGUGAGCCAAACGUGUCCUACAUCUGCUCCCGCUACUACAGAGCCCCUGAGCUCAUCUUCGGAGCCACAGACUACACAGCCAGCAUUGAUGUCUGGUCGGCUGGCUGCGUGCUAGCAGAACUGUUACUCGGGCAACCAAUCUUCCCUGGAGACAGCGGGGUGGAUCAGCUGGUGGAGAUCAUCAAGGUCUUGGGGACACCCACAAGGGAACAGAUCCGUGAGAUGAACCCAAACUACACGGAGUUCAAGUUCCCCCAGAUCAAGGCACACCCAUGGACUAAGGUGAGUCAGCAGGUUUUCCGGCCGCGUACUCCCCCCGAGGCCAUUGCGUUGUGCUCACGGCUGUUGGAGUACACGCCCACAGCCCGCCUCACGCCUCUGGAGGCCUGCGCCCACUCCUUCUUCGAUGAGCUGCGGGACCCUAACGUCAAGCUGCCCAACGGGCGCGAGAAGCCCUCCCUCUUCAAUUUCACAACCCAGGAGCUGUCGAGUAACCCUUCACUGGCCUCCAUCCUUAUCCCAGCACAUGCCAGGAAUCAGGCAGGUGCCUCCACGCCCACCAACGCCUCUGCUGCUUCAGAUGCCAAUAGUGGAGACCGCAGUCAGACCACUAAUGCAGCUUCUGCUUCUGCGUCCAACUCCACCUGAGGUCUGGCCCUCCUGGGAGCCCGUCCCACUGAUCGGGCCCGACCCACCAUCCGAACCCGCCUCCUGGGGAGGUGGAUGUGGGGAUGGGCGGAGUCACACUAAACAAAAACACAAAAAAGGAGACGAACACAAGGAAACCAAUCUGACUGUCACCCCCAUCUGUUUGUUUGUGUGCUUUUAUUUGUACAAAUGAUAAUGAAUAUGUAGACUGCUCUUCAUUGUAUGUGCUCGCUGAGACAGAACAGGGGGUUAGCUGGGCUUGUUGAAUAAGUAAAUAUAUAAAUAUAUAAAUAUACAGUAAAUACAAAGUGUAUUCAUGUUUCUCCCUUGACAAUCUUUGUGUUGAAGCAGUAUUGUAGCUACAUCUUUCACAUCUCCCUGUAUGAGUAUGGGAGAGAGAUUCUGCAGCCCACUUUUGCCUGUCCCUGUGCCCCCUGCUCUGUGACCUCUGACCCUGGCCUGUACCCGGAGCUCCCUGCCUGAGCUCUCCUUGCGCAUGGCUUUGAUUCGGUUGGGUGAUUCUGAGCCAGCAUAUAAAGGGCUCACUAAAAAGUGACAUUUUACCCCCUACAAAAGGAAGAAUUAAACCAGUAGUUAGUAAGUUGACUUUUUUGUGCUUAACAAAAAAACCUCAUAAAAAAGCCAAACAUACUGAAGGAAUACAGUUUUUAUGAGGUUUUUAUCAAUAAUGAGCAACUAAAAAAGAUUUAAUUAUUUUAAUGGUGGGUUUGUGGAGAGGAUGUUGGGACCUUUAAAGUGAAUGAUGUCUGCAUCUGUGUGCUUGUGUUGUAUUUAUACAUACAGUUUAUGUAUUACUUUGCAUUGUGUACAAUAUUUACAGAUGUAUCAAAUGAGAAUUAAGGACUCGCAAAGGUCAGGUGUUGAAAUGGCACAGCUGCGGUGUUUGCUGGUGUGUCAGUUUAAAAAUGGGGAAAGUCAGCAUCCUAGAAAGUGCAUUUCUUCCAGUUUCUGUUGGUUUUGUUGGACUUGUAUAGAGUUGAAUCCCGCCCCCUGUGCACGCGCGCACACAAAAACGCCUAACCUUUAUUUAUUAUUGCAUGUAACGUACAUAGGCUACAGUUAUAUGCAUCUGCCAUGGAGUUGGUGGUAGUGAGUGGGUGGGAUUUGAGCGAACUAAAGAGUUCCACUUGAACUGUGUGGCCAUUCCUCAGCAGGUCCAUGAUGAAAUGUUAGUACCACAUAAAUGUGACAAUUUAUAUGCAAUUUCUGCAGACAGGUUGCUCUGUGGUCUUUGUGAAAGUACCCAUUUCAAGCCCUAUUCUGUGUUCAUUGAUUCAGGUUAUGUGUUUGUCUCUUUCCACUUUAUUUAGAACUGUCUCUGUUCUAAAUAUUUCCCAACUUCCCGAGUGCCACGCUACGGAGCGGCGUGAGUCAGUUCCUCUGGACCCCGUAUGCAGAGGAGGCCGUGCGCUCAAGCUCUCAGGCUGACCCUCGCAGGUCUUCGUUGUGGUCGCUGCAAAAUGUGAAUCUUCACUGACGGGUCACAGCAGUUUUUGGUGCCGCGUGGGAGCGUGUUUGUGCCCCCGACGCAGUUUCACAUGGGGUUUGUGGGUAAUGGAAGGCAGACUGCAUCAGUGUGGCCCCAGGACUGUUCGAGUGAAACUGGCCCCAAAGUGAAUGGGCUCCUGAGUCUUAGCCUCCCAGCCAUGCGCUCUGCUCUCGCGGGUUUGUUCAAAGUGUUUCGUGCUUAAACUUGAAUGACUCCACCCAUCGGUUCCCCAGCGUCCUUUGCCUUUUCCUUGGGGAGUGAAGUAAAGGAACUACACUGAAGGAACUGUCGCCUGGAGGGAGGGAGCCUGCAGCUCCUUCUGAUGACCUUCCUUUCACCCUAACCCACCUUGGGAUUUUUUUUUUUUUUUUUUUUUUUUACUUUUUUAAUUU